UGCGGGCGGGAGCCGGGGCCGGGGCCGAGGCCGGGCGGCGGCGGCAGGAUGCCGGGCGGGCGGGUGUGCGCGGCGUGCGGCAGCGCCGACAUCGAGGUGGACGCGGCGCGGGGCGACGCCGUGUGCACGGGCUGCGGCUCCGUGCUCGAGGACAACAUCAUCGUCUCCGAGGUGCAGUUCGUGGAGACCGGCGGCGGCGGCGCCUCGGCCGUGGGGCAGUUCGUGUCCCUUGACGGUCCGGGUAAAACACCGUUGAUAGGAGGAGGAUUUCAUGCCAAUUUGGGAAAGGAAUCGCGAGCACAGACUCUACAGAACGGGAAACGCCAGAUUCACCAUUUGGGAAACCAGCUGCAACUCAACCAGCACUGUCUUGAUACUGCCUUUAAUUUUUUCAAGAUGGCAGUGAGCAAGCACCUCACCCGUGGAAGAAAGAUGACUCACGUAAUUGCUGCGUGUCUCUACUUGGUGUGUAGAACAGAAGGAACUCCUCACAUGUUACUUGACCUCAGUGACCUCCUUCAGGUGAAUGUCUAUGUGCUGGGAAAAACUUUUCUUCUGUUGGCCAGAGAGCUCUGCAUAAAUGCUCCAGCUAUAGAUCCUUGUUUAUAUAUUCCUCGUUUUGCACACAUGCUAGAAUUUGGAGAUAAGAACCAUGAGGUAUCGAUGACGGCUCUAAGGUUAUUACAGAGGAUGAAGAGAGACUGGAUGCACACAGGACGUCGACCGUCAGGGUUGUGUGGAGCAGCCCUUCUAGUGGCAGCAAGAAUGCAUGAUUUCCGACGUACUGUUAAGGAGGUCAUCAGAGUGGUCAAGGUUUGUGAGUCUACGUUACGGAAAAGGCUUACAGAAUUUGAAGAUACCCCAACAAGUCAGCUCACGAUAGAUGAAUUUAUGAAGAUUGAUUUGGAAGGGGAAUGUGAUCCUCCUUCGUUUACAGCUGGUCAAAGAAAACUAAAGCUGCAGCAGCUCGAGAAGGAGCUGUCAAAAAAGCUUGAAGAUUAUGAAGGUGAAAUAUCAAUUUACCAAGAUGAAAUAGAGAUUGAAUUGGAAAAUAGUAGGCCAAAGGCAAAAGGAGUAUUUGCAAAUUACACUAAAGACGAUUCUAUAGAAGAUAAUACUUCUAGCAUAUUUGGAGAGGAGGAGGUAGAAGAUGAAGAACUGGAAGCAGCUGCUAAUCAUUUAAACAAGGACUUUUGUAAUGAAAUUCUUGACAAAGACAGAUUAAAGACAAAUGAAGAUAGAGAAUGCAGAAAUGGGAACGCACCUACUGUAAGACCACCUGCGCUGGAAUCCUUGCUUGGCCCACUCCCUACUGCAGCUAGCCUUGGAAUAACAGAGUCCAUAAAAGUUUGUAUCUCCACAAAGGAGCGAGUGCCCAAUGAAAAUACAGGAGAUGGUGAAUUAGAUUUGAGUGGAAUUGAUGACAGUGAAAUAGACAGGUAUAUACUUAAUGAAACAGAAGCUCAGAUAAAAGCUGAACUGUGGAUGAGAGAAAACGCAGAUUAUUUGAAGGAACAAAAAGAAAAAGAAGCAAGGAUAGCAAAAGAGAAGGAGCUUGGGAUUUAUAAGGAACAAAAGCCAAAGAAAUCUGCAAAAAAACGGGAGCCAAUUCAAGCCAGCACAGCAGGAGAAGCAAUUGAAAAGAUGUUAGAACAGAAGAAAAUUUCAAGUAAAAUUAAUUAUAAUGUGCUAAGGGACCUGAACAGCAAAGGAAGUAGCACACCAAAGAAAGAGGAUGACAGCACUGAUGACAGCAGCAACACCAAGAAGCUGUCAAGAAGAAAAUCUAUUGCCAGUAGGAAUUUAGCCAACUCUGUAAACACUGUGGGAAAAAGGAGUGUGGCCGUGCCGAGUAGACUUCCCGUUGAAGGCAAAACUUCAGUGUAUACAAAAUCACGUCAUCCGAACCAGCCAGAAUUUCAGCCUGCUCCAAGCACAGGAGCCAUCCAAGCUGCUCAAGUGCAAGAGCUCUGUGGAUUUGGAUCGCUGUGCAGUGAUAUUCGGAAAGUGAUUCUGCAUCUGUGUGUGAAGUGAGCCUGCAGCAAUAAUUUAUGUCUUUGUCAGAGUGAGAGAGGGGGUGGAAAAGCCUCCCGAAAAGCACUUUUAAUCGUGCAGCUUUUUUUCCUUUGAAAUGUUUUUCUUUUAUUGUAUCCGACACCAGUUGAGGGAGAGAGAAGGCUCUUGUAACCCUAAUGCAAAUAAAACAGCAGUUGUUUUUUUUUUUUUCCCCAAAUCUCUAUUGACUUUAUUCCUCCAGGCUGAUGAGCCUGACAGAGUUGAAAAAUACAACUACUCAUUAGAUUUUUCCUUUGAUUUGUGGGGCUCUAUCAAUUCACUUGAAGUAUGGUUCUUGUUUGGUGGGGGGGAGGGAACACAGGCAUAAAUUCAUUUGUUUGUCAUUUUGUUUAUCUGUCUAUCUACCCAUUCCCUUAAGGCUUUAAAACAUUGCUUUUUAUUUUUGUACAGUUAGUGAGAAUCAAUUGUGACAUUUUCUGUUUAGGCUGCUAAAGGUUUUGGCAGCUAGAACAUGGAUUUUGUCUUUUGAUGGUGAAUUCGAUUCAGCGUUUAUUGCGACAUCCUCAAGUGUUUAAAUGUGUAGUGAUAGACAACUGAAACUCCUGCUGUGCAAGACUCAGCUAGGUCUCUACAGUAGUCCAACAAUUCAAAAAGAAUUGGAACUCGUUUCAUCUGUUUCUAAUAAAUGUAAAGCUUUCUUGCUAUUUAUAUCAGUACCUAGAGCCAACUUAGUGUUUCAGGUUGACAAAUACUGUACAUCUAGCUUUUCACUUCUUCUCUUCCUCACAAUGUCAACCUGAAAAAAAUGUCUUGUGAAUCAUGAUUGAUAAUUUUCAGUGCUCAAACUGACUUAUGAAACAAAAACGGAUCCAAAAAGCUCCAGGUGAUGUCAAAGCUGCUUCGUUGGCCCAUGUGGGUAGCAAGAAAAGUUAGAGGUGAUUACUAAGAUUGCCACUGAUGGCAGAUGAUUGAACUUAUUAGCAUGCUGCUAAAGUUGGGUCAUCUCUUCCAUGUCGAGGCAGGAGAGGAAGAGGAAGCCAGGUUCAUUGGCGAGGGUCAUUGCCUGUUACUGUGCGUGUCAUCUUGGAUAAGUCGUUUGAAUACUCUGUCCUUUAUUUUGCAGCCUUCAAAGUGAAGACCAUAGCAGCGUUUCUCAACCCACGGGUCAUGACCCAAAAGUGGGUCUCAAGAAUAUAUGAAAGGGUCGCGAACAAACUUUAAAAAUGGAUUCUCCUUUAAAGGAGAAAAAUGUGGGAAACUGGCUUUUCCCUUGCAGGCUGGCAGAGGUCCAGCCUAUAAGGGGCUGCUUGGGGGCCCCCACGCUCCACACACCCCUCUCCCCCUGUCCCCCCCAAUGGGGGCUGGAGCCUGGGGGUGGGGGGCACUGGGUCGGGACGGGCCAUCAAUGUUUACCAAUGGGUCCUGGUACAAAAAAGGUUGAGAACCACUGGACUAUAGCACUACUUUCCUUCAGGUAUAUUGUGUGGACCAUUAUUGGAUCUUGCCAGCUGCUCCGAUUCUGGGGGGCACAUAAGUUGCCUUAGUUGGUAGAAAGAGGAUCCUGAUCUGAUGGUCGCACAACUCCAUUUAUAAUGUGCGCGCCAAUUGUGGCUGGAGCCGUGGCGGGACCAGGUCAGGGGCGUGCUCAGUGUAUUUUACCCUGAGUGCUCUCUGACCCAGCUGCCCUGUGUUUUUCAUAUAUUCCUCUUGCCUCGGACAGGAGUGGCCUGCACAAGGGCUUUCUGUGUAGGGCUGCCGUUUGGUAAAAACACCAUCCCACGUUCAUGCUGCUUUGCCAUGUACAUUUUUUCAUUUCUAUCCUGGGAAGUGAGUGGGGGACUGAAUUUUUCGUCUGCCCACUUCUCGGGCAGUGUGGGCUUUUGAAUUCAGAUAGAUAUGUCUGUGAUAAACUGGGAAUACAUUAGAUGGAUAAACCUUUGCUGUUGUCAGGUUUUAAUAACUUUUCUUGUAAUGGGUAUAGCUUAUCCAGUGACCUUCAAGUAAGAAGUUUUAAAUUUUUUUUUUACCAGGGAAACUCUUGGCUUAUGUUACUUUCAUGUUUAAUUAUAAACAGAUUACUAGAUUCUCUUGUUAAAUCUUUCAAACAAGAUGUUAACAAUUCUGAAAUGUGAAAGCAACAGUGGAAAAUCAGUUGCUACUUUGCCCUUUUGCCACUGAGGCUGGAGCAAACAUUAUAUGUACUCCUAAACAAAUGCAUUCUUCCUCUAAUAUGCUAAGAUUUACUUCAAAGCAAAGGGUUGUAAACUGCUGCUGAGCUAAUUUCUGGAUUUCAGUCUAUCAUAUAUGUUUGAAUUUGAUUCAGUCCCAUUAAAACAGCUCACGCUUAGAAACCUAAGCUUCCAUGAAAAUACACACACUGUGCCCAGGACUUCCUGCAUCUCUCUACAUUUAUUUUAAUGCAGCAGUAAACAACCAGGCAAAGGAACGUGCAGUUUUGGAUUGUCAUCCUAAAAGCCCAGACGUGGUGUUGCCAAGUCUUAAUGUUCCCACGAUACUUUACAGAUGUAAAAACUAAGGCAAACUGAAAUGAUUCUGUAAUGCUGAUAAAGGAAAGUGCAGCAUAUGGAGAUUAAACUACUAGAAAGGAGAGCUUUAUUGCUAGCGAGUCCAAACAGUUGUCUCCUUGGGCCAAGCGCUUCUAAGACAUUUGUUGCACUCUUUAGCCAUGUACCGAAUGUAGUAAAUCUAAACCGAAAGCAUUCAGGACAUAUACACCCAAAAAAGAGAUCCUAUCAUUUUAAUUUAGCAUUUGUUGCUAGCUGACUCUUCUGAGCUUGCUUUUCAGACCUGGAGACCAAAACUGAGGGUGGUAAUGAGAAGGAACAAAAGCCAAGUAACUCAUUUACACUUACUUAUAACCUUAGAGAAACGAUCACUGAAACAAGUUUUCUGUCUUAUCCUAAAAGACAUACUCCUAACAGCUUUACGCAGUAUGCUACAACGUACGCGUUUAUUGAUGCUUUUGUUUCAGUUGGCAUUUGUUCUAAUGGCAAAACGAAUUGGCACAUUUCUUACUAAUGGACUUUGAAGCUGUGACUUGAGCCCAGGCUUAAUGUUCUGUUUACGUACAGCAGGGAAUCUGUGUGCUUUGUAUAGGGGUGUAUACAGCACAAAGAGCAAAAAGGCUCUGCACAGAUGGGGUCUUCCAACUCCUCUCUGCCUCUGUUUUUCUUAAAGUAGUUCAAGUCUUUUAGGAAUAGCAGGGGUUUUUUUUUUUCCUUUUCUCUUUUUUAUUGUGAAUUUUUCCUUCACUAUGCAUGGGGUAAAAGUUCAUAAUAAACAUUGCAGUAGGAUUAACCUGAAAGUAUCUUUGUAUUGACCUUCAAACAUAGUUCAGGACAUAGAAGGAUUUAAGGUACAUGAGGAAUUUACUAUUUCUGUUUUUCUAUGCAGUACCUAUUUAAUUGCAUAGUUUUAGUGCCUAUUCUUUGAGAUGUAAAAGAAGAGGGAGGGAUUUAUUCAAAGUGGUUUGCAUUUGUUUCAUGUUUUAUCCUAGAGUUCCAUUAAUAUUAGUUGUGCAUCAGAAAUUCUGUGAAAAAUCUGCCAGCAAAAGUUACUCAUUUCUUGGGGGAAAAUACCCUGCAUACAUAAUGGGACAGUAUAGAAGCCGCUAUUUAUGGUAUUAUCCUUUGCCAAUUUAAAAUGCCCAGGCAAGCAGCUGAACUUUUUUCUUUUUACUUUCAGAGUAGGUUGGUAGCUGGUACAGUAGGCAUGCAUUCCUUAUCCUUAUCCUUGGCUGCAAUGAAUGUAACCUUAACUUUACAAUUGUAGAGGUUCAAAAAGCCCCAAACCUGCAAACACAAAUGUAAGCUUUUGAGUAUUUCCAUUAACAUCAAUGGGAGUCCUCAUUUAUUUGAAGUCAAACAUAUACCUAAACCUUAUGAGGGUAAGGGCAUAAGGUUGUAUUAUUAUAGCAGAAUAAUUAGCAGUCUCUUUUAAUAGUAUUAUUAAAGAUGACCUAGAAAGAGGAAAGAAGGUCAUGAUUAAAAAAAACCCAACAAAAACCUCAUGGUUUUUGCAUUUGAUAUUCAGAUCCUAUAGAGGCUGGAAGAAGUCUAUAAUAACUGAAGAAUUAGCUCAGGGAUAUCACCAAAAGUUUAAGGAAGGUUAAGCAAUUAGAAAGGAAAAGGACUUUUAGCCAGACUUUUUUCUGUGUCAACACAUAUGUAAUGCCAAUGGUUGAUAUUUUAUACAGAAAAAGCCUUUGUUUAAGGUUCAGCAUCUCCAUCCACUCAAUAAGUUGCUCGAUCUAAAGUAUAUAUGAUCUGACCCAUCCUAAUAGUCUUUAAGCCAAAACCAGGAAAGAUGAGUUUUAGGUUUAGGUGUAGUUUGCGCUACAAAUGCAUCAACACUCAAAGCUUCUCUGUGGUGGAAGAAGCUUUUGUUCUCUGUGUGGUUACACUGUGUUUGUCUGGCCACAGCACUCCCAUGCCUUCUGCUAGCCACUGUUCCCAUUAUUAGCCAGUUUUCUUAGGGUGCACUUAACACUGUGGAGUCACAGCUCCUGCAUUAGGGCCAUGCAGAGCUCUAGGAGCUCAUGGAUGUCUAUGCACUUGGGCAGCCAGGAAACAAGGGCUGCUAUGAGGACUAAGCCCCUCAUGCAAAUAGAGUUCUGCCAGCAGGAGUUUUUCUGUCAUCAGAGUUACAUAUGUUAGCUUCCCAGAACGGAUGAGGCUCAGAGCUAUGUCCGGGCCAGGGGUUUCGCCAGAACAGCUACAUGGACUGUGAAAUGUGAUCCUUUAUUCGCGUCUAGCUGACAUAGUCCUGCCAGCAGAAAUUUGGUGUGGGCAAAUCCCAAUAUUCCUAACCUUUUGAGGGCAAUAGAGAAUGAAAGGUUGGGUAAGCUAAUUCUCACUCGCCAUGGGAUGAGAGCAUGAGUAUAGGCAGUUGCUUUGGGGUGGGGGAAUGGGAGGACUGGGCAAACCAGUUCAAGCAUGAUUAGAGACCUUGUUCACAUGAGAAGAAAAGUGCUCAACCUACUGACAUCCAUGUGCAGUCACUUGCAAUCACUGCUUAGUGCCAUGGUUAUUAACAAGUUCCUCAUAGUUGCAUGUCUGUACAAGUCCUAAUUCAAACCAUUCAUGACUCUGAUUGGUUGCAAGCCUCCUUAGAAGUGGUAGUUUGGACAAACCCUUUGCACAUUUAUAUAACAAAGGCACAAGACCAUAUGCAUCUUGGAUCUUCCUUUCACCAUAUUCCACAGAGACAAAGAUUUGUUGCGUUCUCAUCCAAAAUUCCCCUGAAAUCUGUUGUCUGAGUUAUGCUUGCUUUAGACCUUUUACCUUUAAUUUCCUUUCCAGGGUUUUAGUCUAACCACUUGGACAGUAGAGACUUGGGAGUCUAGAUGUUAAGAUGGUUUUGAGCUUUUUCAUUUGGAGAAUAAAAAUAAUGAUACUUAAAUCUCAGAGAAGGACUUUGAAAGUAUCAAAAGUAUUUGUAGACCUCCGAGAGCAGUGUAAAGGGAGUAUCAUUUCCACUUGCCGGCUAAGUGAGCAAUAUUUUAUCCAUUGAGACAUGCUGUGCUUUCACCAUAAGGUGCUGUGUCUGUGUGUUCAGACUCUCUCUGUUAAGAGUGAAGUAGAAUCAGUAAUGCAUGCCUGUAAUGCUUCCCUCGGAGAAAUCUGCGGCACCAUUCCACAGUUUUGUUCGCACCUUCAUGCAGCACCAGUCGGGAUCUGUUGCUGUCCUUGAGGUGGCAGUUUUGCAAUCCUUCUAUAGCCACAACUCUGCCUGCCACCUUCCGGGGUUUGGCUGGCCUGUUAGUCUCAUAAGCCUCCUCAAAGGAGGAGGUCUUGUUUGUGUUGAAAACUGCAUCCUGUUCAAGCACAGUUGUGAGCCAUAGAGCUCAUGUGGUCCAAACCUGCUGCUUAGUAAUGGAGCUCUCAAAAAUGAUGGGCGUCUAAGAAAGACAUUCCUUAAGUGAGGAAACCAUGAAAGAAUCCCAGUAACUGGUGAGCAACCUCUUUUUAGCCAUUUUUAAGUUUGGCAGUCUAGUGAUGAUGGCUCAAGUAGGUCAAGAUUUAGGUCAGGGUUGACGUUUAUAUUUUUUUCCCAGUUCCCCCAUCUCUACAACAAAUGCGUGCCAGAUGUGGACGGGUAGCAUUGGAGCACAGACUGCAAUGGCCAAGGGAAGUCUCAACAGGGACCCCUUUCACAUUCCAUAGAUUGGUUCUCAUAUUAAUAACUUUGUAUCCAAAGUUGUAGCAAAUACCCUCCUGCCUAGAGCUUCUUUUUUAAAUGAUCAAAUGCCAGCAAGGUCAUUUUUAAAGGUCUCUCUUGUGACCAGUCUUGUUACUCUGGGUCACAUUGAAGAAGAUACAGAAGAUUGUAUGUGUGCAUGUGUGUGUAUACAUUAUGCAAAUAUUUGCAAAACCUCCGCUUGAUGUUUGUGGCCCUGUUGUUUGAUCUGUUUCCCUUGUCUUAUAGCCUCACGUCAUAAACUCUGGUAUGUUUCUGGACUUCUCCUUUAAACUCUUCUCUCAUUAAGGGUUGCCCCCCCCCCCAAAAUUACAACUAGAGACCUAUUCCUGAAAAUAGUGGUAAAGUUUGCUUGGCUCUCCUUUUUUGCAGUUUCACAGCCUCUCUCUGUCCUGCCCUAUCAGGGCUGAUGUUGCUAAAUUCUUUUCAUGCUGUCCACUAUUAACUAUUAGCAUCAUCGUCCAUCAACACUAAACGUUUCUCUGGAGCUGAGCUGUGAGGGACAUGAGUAAAAGGAUUUCAAGGAAAGUAGUGCCCAAGGUGGGCUCCAGGGGACAACAGCACAGAUAGAGGUUCUCUAAACCCACACAACAGAUAGGGACUAGCUGAAGUGAUGAGACAGAGCAUGCCACUGUGUAAACCUUAAUCCUGUCCUGGAUGGACCAUCUUUUGGAAGAAGGGAGGCCAAUUCUUCAACUUGUAGCUUCUUUGCUGAAAAAAAUCUGCUUUGUUUUUACCAUGUGACAAUUAGCUGCCUUGGCUUAAAAUCAGCUUCUUCUAAAAACCUUUAGUAGCUUCUUAACAGACUGUCCUGCAAGUUCUGUUGUCUCACUGCAACAUUUGCAUUCAUAUCCCAUAACCUUCAAAGAAAGGCAUUAAUUCCAGCUUCCAUAACAUGCACGCAGUUUCAGGAAUGGCAAAAUAUCACUAUCAUGCAACUUAACUAAGUCAUGUAAUGUUGAUCUGUUUUAUUGUACUCAACCCCGAGAUCUGUGAGUCGCUCAUGAUGGCAUGUGCCUUUUGCAUGUGCUUGCACACUUCCAGCAGAAACAGUGUUGCUCCACCACAACAGCAUUAAGCUCUUGAUUAGGCAUGUUCUGUACAUGCUUCAAAAUGUGUGAUAAUUUAAAUAUAUAUUUGCUAUUUAAAUAAGAGAUUUGCCUUAAUUGGCUGCUGGAAAUUAUGUGCAAGAAGGAAUGAUUUAUUGCUUAUAAUUGGAAAUGAGUUACGAAGACGAAUGUUGGUAAUCAUGAAAUAAAGCUUGGAAUAUAUUGAUUUCCAGAUGGUUGGCAAUGGAAUUGCUCUUUAGUGUUAACUAUAACAGACACAGGCAGAGGAUUUUUUUCCUACCAUAUAUCCUUAUUUCUUGAUGAAUAACUUGUAUAAAAUUAUAGCAACCUGAAUGUUCAAGUAUUGUGUUCCUUUGCAUAAGCUUGCAAAGAAGUACUUCAUUUAAACAUUAGUUGGAUUAGCUCAUAUAGUACAAGAUGUAAGUUAAUAUUAUGUCUAGUAUGAUAUUUGUCCUUGUAAUGUCACAUGUUUUAAACGGGAAAGAUCUAACAAUAAAUCUUGCAUCACCUUUGGGUAUAACAGUCUCUGUGGAUUGUUCUCAGAGACUGCAGGUUACUAGAUGUUUUCCUUUUCAUCUUUUGCCUCGUUAUCUGUUUUUAUGAGGUUGAGAUUGAUCAAAAACACCUGUCAAAAAGCAAAUAUUUGUAAACCUCCUCAGCUACAUGUAGGAAAGCGUAUUUAUACCAGAGUUAAAAGCAGGAACACUAUUGCUGGGAACUUCACAACUGGACGUUCUGUUCCUCCUGGUGUAAUUUAGCUCUAUUCAAAUUAAAGCGCCAUUUGUGUACUGUGUUAAUUUUGGUUGACCCGUGCAUAACAAUAAGCCCGUGAUUUAAAAAUGACUGGAAUUUACAUUUCUUGGCCAAAGUCCUAUUGAUGGCAGCUUUUUCUGCUAAGGUGAAUACAUUAUUUCCCACUACCAUAUUGGCUAAUUCAGUGCAAGUCUGAUUUUAAGCAUGCAAGUUGUCCCACUCACAGGCUUAAAGUGAAGCACGUGUUAAAUACUUUGGUGAACUGAGUCCUUUGUGGUUGGUUAUUUACAUGCCUUUCACAAUCCAGGUGGGGACUUAGCUUUUUUUGCUUUCUUGCUUUUAAGCACCUUUUCCCAGCCAAGUGCAAAUUUACCUUACUUCCACCAUUUCUUUUGCUCAGAAAGGAGAGACUCCAAGCUGCUGUGAUGAAAGGAAUGCCAUCUUUUGGUCAGAGAUUCAGUACUGUGCAUUUUAUGAUCAAUUUUAGAUAUUUAUUUAUUCUGAGGCACCUAGAAGUGUCAAGAGGUGAUCUUCCCAGAGUCAAUAUUGACAGUCCUACUGAAAGUCACCUCCUCUCAUACUUGCAGGAAGAAUGCGCACUGGCCAGAAACUUGAGAUCAGUCCUGGAGCAUUUCUAAUUUCCCAUGGUCUCCAGUGAUUUCCUUUUAGACUGACAUAUAUGCACAUUAUUCAUGAUCUGCCGGUUUUGGCUUAUUUUUAGUUAGGCUUGAUAAUGUGGCUUUAGUUUUGACCUCUUUCAUCUUUUGUUAGUGGAAAUUUGUCAUGGCCAAUGACAUAAGUACCAAGUUUGGUAUUUUACUGUAAUUACUUGAGUACUUAGAGGUGUGUGGUGCUGCUACAGUACUUAGCUGUCCUUAGAAAGAUGCAGAAGUCCUAAGACAAACAGGGUGCAUCCAGAUGAGCGUGCAUGUGCAGUAUGCAGUGCCUCAAACCUAUCUGAGACGCUGCAAACUGCACAUGGUGCAUGUGCACCCGUUUGCUGUGCUGCUAAUUUGCAGUGCAGUGUUUUUUUUGAACACUGAGAGAUCUUGGUGCCAAAAAAGAAAAUGCUGCUAAAAAUAGUGGUUUAGCACAUGGUUUGUGCACCAGCAGAAAUGGAGCCUGGCUAGCCAGAGCCACACUCUGGCUGCCAGCCAGGCUUCAAGUAGCUGACUUGAUGCCACUGCUACCCCAGGAGGACCCCACGUAAGACUGCUGGGGCUAGCAUAGGUGCUGGUCCCAACCCCCCUACACCACCCAGGUAAAUUUGCCAUGAGCUGGAGCACACGUGCAGGGGCAUGUCCUGGGAUAACAAAAAUCAGUGGCACAAAUAUGCGCCGGUGUUCUUUGUCCCACGGAAAAUGAACACACCUGCACGUGUGUGCUCAUCUGCACGUGCCCACAGUGUCAACAAGUGUUUCUCUUGGGAUAUCUUUAUUGCAAGGUGAAAGGGGAAGGGGGUGUGCAUGUUCUUACCCAGGCUCUCAGGGAAAGAGGAAUAAAGCAACUCUGCUUUAGCUUUCGUGUGCUGCAGGGUGUGUGUGUGUGCAUACCGUUACCACAGAGCCCUUAACACCUUGUGCUUCGUGGUAAAACACCAAUCUGCUUUGUGGUAAAUAGCUCAUCUGCACAUACCGUUAUGGCCAGUAGAGCUUCUUACCUUUCACCUGUUUCAGCGUCAUGAGUUCUUGGUCUGUAUGGGCUCAAGUCUGGGUGCUUGCUGGAAGAGGCUGAUCUUCUUAGCACUGAAGGUAACCUCAGAGCUGCAGUGCCUGACGCGGUGAUGCCGAAGAGCCAAGCCUCUCUGAUGGAGAGAAGGACUGUGCUGGAAUCCAAAAUGGGAGUGAUGUCUCAUUUUCACUCAGUUUUUUGCUGCUUCUCCAGUUGUCCACAUUUGCCAGAAAGAGCUAAUUUUUUGUUGUCAUUGAGUAGGAAAUGCUGGAGAAUGGCAUAUCAGGUGUGGUUAGGCAGAAAUUGCUACCGCUCACAGUAGAUGUACCCAAGCUAGCUUGAAAUUACUUGUGCGGACUGCAUGGGGCUCAGCGUGGGCUCGCUGCCUGCCAGGUUCUUGGGCUGGAUUUAUGGCCCAUGCUGGGGGUUACAUAUAAGCAGUUCCUGAGGUGGCUAGGUUAAAGCUGGCUUAGGUAUGUCAUGAGCUGCAGGUGCUCGAUUUCUGCGUGGAGAGCAGCUUUUGAUCUUUCUGCAUCGCUAGCAUCAGGAUGACUGAUUUGGAGAAUCUACUCUAUCCAUUAAUACUGAAGAGAAGACUGGGACCCAGAAAGUGCAGACCUGUCUGGCCUUGGUAAAGCAAAGUACUUAAUGAUAUACCUAGCUCUAACAGAUGAAUUUGUGCAUUGAGCCCAAGCUGAUGGGGAUAUUCUUUGCUGUCCUCAGAAUGUGUCUUUUUAAAAUCCUUUUUUUCCCCUCGUAAAAAAAAACAACCCAACGAAAACCAAUACCACUGGUCUGUAGCCUAAACUAUCCACUGUUCAGUCUUGAACAAGUGACGAGCUUAUGGCUCAUCUCAUGACUCUGUAAUGCUACUAAAGGGACCUCCAGACUUUUGGACAGGGUUGAUUUCCAUCUGUCCAGUAGGAGAUAACAUGGACUUUAGAUAUUUCAACUAAUUUUAGAGUUGUUUAAAAUUUGCUGUUUUUCCUCUCCCAGAGAUGUCUGCUAAAUUGGGACUGUUAGAUGAAGUCAGCUUGACUUGCCAAGUGGAACGGGAUCCAAAAGUAGUACCAAUAAAAUAAAAAAGAAGCCCUUCACCCUUUUCUCUAAAGCACUCCACAAACAGAGUUUCUGUAGCAGAUAUGGUGCGUAUACAGACCGCAUUCAUGAUGCAGCGUGGCUAGGUAGGUUUUAUUGACACUUACCUAGGAUAACCUGCAUAAUUUUACUCAAGACUUGCCACUUACGAUGAACACACUCUUUCCAGUCUCAUGCUGAUAAAACCGUUUUACUGCAUCUCACUACUGUAUAUUUGUUGUUUGUCUGCUCAUAAAAUGAGUAUGUGUGGUAAGCAAUAGUAAGAGGUUCCUUACGUGGAUGGAUUAAGUUAAUAUUCAGUAGAAACAGAGCUUUGGUGAGGUUCCAGAUUACUUCCAGCAUUUCUCUGAGGGGACGUUACAGUAUCAUAAACCUUUGGGUGGGUGAACUGCCUAAUGUAAGCUGCACAUAUUGAUUGCCCCCAUCAUGCGCUCUCUAUUUUAUGUACUACACAAUGUAAUCUUUUGUUGUUAUAUAAUAAGCAAAAUAAAAACAGUUGUUUGUCACAGCCAGCUUGUUUUUCAAAGCAUUUGUUCUCUUUGAAAGUUCAAUCUGUGUGAUCUUCAGCCCUGUCAGAAUAUAUUAUAUUGAGUCUUUUAAAUUGCUAAACUGGAGGACAAACCCAGAUGUUAUCUUCUGUCUCGGAUGAAGGUGGAACGUGAACUAAGCAGAUCCUGCAGUGAGUAGAUACUGGUGACAUGCACAGCGCCGUUAUUGUGUGUCAAAAACAUGUUCAGAUUAUCAGCUUCCAAAGUUAUGGUUGACUCGAACAUUUGUAUAUUUGCAUAAUUUUCAAAUUCGUCUGAAAUUUGUGGAUUCCACUUAGGGGCUUAGUUCAUUUAUUUUUUUCCUUCUUUGGGUGCAGCUUUUAGAAGGUGGCCUGUUUUCUUUGUGCCUCCCCCACAUUGUAACACAUGUAAUUCUGUCAGAAUGCAAGUAUACAAAAUAAUGAAAUGUAAUAAAUCAUGGACAAUUACUGAAGCAUUUGGAAAGAGCAGGCGGACCGUUAUAUUUCUCUUAAAAUGCUAGGUUUUAUAUAGAGACAUGGUAUAUAUCACAGUUUGCCUUAACCCAGGAAAAGACAUUAAUAUAUGGGAUGCAGUAGCUCUGAAUUCAAAGUGUUUUUUUUGCUGAGCGAAGUCCUGAUUAACUGCAGUACGUGGGUGGGUUACAGAUGUGGUGUGGGGACAUGCAUGUUAAAAGUUGGAUAAAGAACUUUGGUUAUCUGCUUUUUUUGAAGCUGUUCAUUUGAGCAUUAAUGCCCAGUCCCCACCCCAGCCUUAAAAACAGCUGUGUUCCUUACUGAUGACACGCUACAAUAUUCGAGUCCUCCCUGGUUAAUCAGACAGCAGAAGGAGCUAGUAUCUGUAGCCAUGGCAGCCAAUAAUUUAUUGUUCCAUAUGGCUGGUGUGGCAGCAGCUGCUCUGCUUUAAGGUCAGGGCAUUAUGGCACUUAAAAAAACCCAACCUCCCCCCCCCCCAGUAAAAUCUUUCCUUACUGCCUUGUACAGUAAUAACUAGGGGUCUCUGUGGAGAUGAUGAUGUGAUCAGCCAAGGGAGAUAAAUUAACUUAUUUAAAAAAAAAUCAAUGACGUGAUUCUCUCGGGAAACUAAGUUGACACGAUCUGUCUGUGUGUGGUAGUUUUGACUCUUCAGUUUUCACUGUUGGUGUGUAUUGAUAGUGCAUGUUAGAGGCGGUGGGCCACAUCUUGCUGAUUAAAUUGGGGACUAGCUUUUGAAGUUGCUGGAGACCUAGUAAUAUUAAAAAAAAAAAAAAAAAAAAAAAAAAAAAAAAUAA